UGCGGGCGUUCCCUGCGCGGCGCCAUGUGACGGGACAGCAGCCGGUCGUCCUCUGGAGCUUUGGCUUUUCUUUUCUGAGGCGGGAUGAGGCAGCCCGGUCCCGCCGCACGCCGGCGGUAGCGGGCAGGGAGGGAUGCUGCCCGCUCCCCCGGCUCCUGGAGGCGCCUGAGGAGCCGCAAGGGGACCCGGAGGAGGGUGAGAGGGUGUCGAGCGCCCGCCCGACCCGGAGCCGCCCCUCGCCAUGCCUGGUAGUGCCGGGCUCCGGCAGCUGCCCGGUCCCGGUCCCGGCAGCGGCUGAGGACGGCGGAGCCAUGGUGAAGGAAGAAUGCAAGGCGCUGCUGGACGCGCUCAGUAAGGUGACCGCCUGCUACCGGCACAUGGUGCUGACCAUCGGCGGCACCUCGGACUCGCAGAACCUGCGCGAAGAGCUCAAGAAAACCCGGCAGAAAGCCCAGGAGCUGGCGGUGGCCAACAGGAACAAGCUGACCGCGGUCCUGAAGGACAAAAGCGUAAGUAAGGAGGACAAAGCCGAGUUCGAGAGGCUAUGGGUGAUUUUCUCCACGUGUCUAGAGAUCCUGGAGAUCGACAUGAGGAGAGCCCUGGAACUGGGCCACGAGUUCCCACUGAACGUCCCCAAAAAGCACCUGAUCCAGACGGGCAUGAGCGGGGGAACCUCUGGCGUGGCCGCCAGGGCGAUGAGCAUCCAGAACAUGAAAUACGAGGCUGAGCACAAUAUAGACGUGGUGGAUUUGAAAGACCUAGAAAAUGAAAUCAACCAGGUAGGAGAAAUGAUGUACGAGAUGGAAAUGAAGGUCAAUGUCCCCCAGUGGACGGUAGAGGCUAAGCAAGACCCUGGGGCUGAACUCAAAUCCACCAUCAGCGUGGGCGCAUCUUCUAUUGGCAUGAUCUCUGUGGAGGAAAAUAAAUCCUUCUGCGAUAUCAGCAAAGUUCUAGCUGGGAUUAUUUUCUCCGCUGUCCUCAUUAUCGCCAUUGUCCUGGCAGUGUGCGUGGUAAAACUCUCUUAGGCUGGUGCGGGCUCUGAAAAGCAGCCCCCAUGGCUGCCCGUGAAGCGCUUCAUGCCUCACGUUUCUUCUCAAAACAGGUCGCCCGGGUGAGCUGAGAAUUGAAACCUAGCACUUGAAAAAAUAAAGCAAAACUUUUGCCUCUCAAAAUCCUAAAAUGCACCGUUUAUUUCUGCGUGCUUUUUGAAGAAAACAGAUGUAAAUCAGCCUGCAAAUAGGAUGUGUUCGUUUGUUGGACUUGUAACAGUUAACUAUGAAAUAUCAGGGUAUUAACACUACUGGCUGUAACAGGGAUUUGUCUGCUAUUAAUAGAUCAUGAUUCUCAGAAGCCUGUAUUUUUUGUUCUCGAAUAGGCUCUGCUGUUUGCUGCUGCUCACUGUUUACAGUAUUUGGGAGUAACACAAAUUUGGAGGCUAACAAAGUGAAUAGAAUGCACUGAGAUUUUUUUCAUCAAAUACACAAGAUAUUAUUUCAGUGGAGGAAAGGGGAAGGAUGAAAACCCCAAUAAAAGAAUGUAGGUGUCUAUUCUAGAUAAGUUAAUGAUUAGGGAAAGGGGAGAAGGAGGAGGACUGAGAAAACAAGCAAUGUUCAGCAAAUACUGAUGGUAGAUUUAGACUGCAUUGUACAGAACCCAGUUACGUGGGUUGGCACAGCGCACACUAAUGACUAAUGGCUUUCCACAUCCAGAGAGGAAAAAGGCAGAGUUGCAUGUUUGGAAAAAUACUAGCAAGCCUCGUGGUUCUAUUCCAUGUUUAUCAUGAUUUUAUCUUCCCCUGCAGAAAGGCUGAUUCUUGCAACUGGUUCAGAUUCUUUCUGUAGAAGGAAACUGUCUGAACAUCACAGUUAACUAUGAGGACAGAAGCAGUGAAUCCACCCACAACAGAUGCAAUAAUUUUUGAAAGUAGUCUGGCAAACAAAAAUGAUGUAGAGUUAAGGCAGACCUUUCUAAUUGUCCCAAAAGAGAUUCUCUCUUACAUUGAUGGGAAGGGAUUUUUCCCUUUAUAUGUACAGUCACAUUUCCACAAAACCUCUGAGUUCUUUGCAGAAAUACAGACAAAGCUAAAACAAAAAGUCUUGGUUUCAUAUUUCAUUCGUGUCUGAUUAAUCGUGUGGGAAAGAGGAAGUCUAUAGGAUUGGACCCAUAACUGGUCCAAUUUCAUGCACUACAGUUUUGGAGGAUAAAUGCAAGAGCAGCAGAAAACUCUUCCAAUGCUCACCUAAAAAUUGUCAGUGAUGAAAUGUAGAACUGGGGGGACACUAACUUUGCAGAGAAGCUCUAUUAUUGUCUUGAAAAAAGACCCAUGUGUUACGUUCCUUUAUUAUGUAACCUAAGGAGAUUUGUUCUGUUCCUGUAAAUACACACUGUCCAUUACAGAUUCCACAGGCAAAUAAAAGGACCUGAUGACAUGGGGGCUUUAAUAAGUAAUUACUCUGCCGCACUGAUUAUUAUGGACACAUUAUCAAAAAGUAACAAUCAGAUGUGUCUGGUGAUGUUACUAGACAAUAAUCUGUAGGUUUGUUAAAUAAAAUUAUGUUGUCAACACUUGUGAACAGCUGAUCUUUUUGAGUUGAGAACUAACCAAUUUUAAAAACUGCACCAGUUGAUUCUUUAGAACUUAAGAGAACUGGAUAUGGGGAGAAAAGGCGAGUAACAAAUUUGAAUCUAGCCAUUUGCAGGUGAGGAAAAAGAAUGUGAAACAGAGGCCUGAAUUAAAGGCUAAUGACUAUCAUUACUUUGAAGGAUAAUGUGAGUUUUGCAUAUUGAUCCAGUCUAGACCCUGUUCUUGUGGAAAUCCAUGGUUUUGUAAAACUCCACAUUUUUUUCUUAUGUAUUUCACUCACUGCAUAGGAUGUGUCUUGUAAAUAGCUAACUUUGGUUGUUCUUAGAGAUCCCCAGCAUCACUCUUACUAGGCAAGUCUGUUUCUAUCAGUGCUACUGGUUUAGUCUGUCUGUUGAUUUAAAUGUCAAGAUCUCCUUCACAAUAAUAUUGAGUAAACAUGUUUAUGGAAAAUAGAGCAAAAGCUGCAGGAGAAUGUACAAAUUUUGACUGCCACCACUAGUCACUAAGGAUUCAUGCGUAUUUUCACUCUUUGCACUCUCCUGUUACUUAGUUUACAUGCAGGUGGAUCAGAAGUUGGACUUUAUUCUGCACUUCUUGAAAAGUUCAUGUUCCUUUUGGAAUCAGAUCAUGUAACGACAUUUCCGAAAAUCCAAGUAAUGCAAGUCUAGUUUCUGGUGGAUAAGUAAAUGGUAACAUCUACAGCAUCCAUUAUCUUGUAUUUUGGUAUCCUAAAGUGGAUAUACUGUUUAAAAAUGGCUAUUUUUAUAGAGUUGUUUUUAAGACUAGGUAAUCUCAUCUUCAAAAGCAAGACUCAGUGAGUUCAGAAGUUGUAAAUUUUUAGUCCAUGGCUUUUUGGGGUGGGGAGGAUUUUGAAUAAUACAGGACCCAAAGACUUCAUAUAAGUAGCUUAUAAUUAUCUAAGUUGUACUUCAUUUGAGUAUGCACACGAUUAAUAUUUAAAGGAUUGAACCUUGGAAAAAUAUUGUAUUUUCAAAUCUUAAGACAAAGCUGACUGUGGAUUUAUUCAUCAUGAAUUUGUUCCUAAAAAUAUGUAUUAUCUCAUAUUUCAGCUAUGUGAAAUUAAAAGAUGAAGUAGAAUUGUAACAGAGGAUUGGCACCAUCUAAGUGGAUAGCAUUCCUGCUAUUAAUCUACUAUUAAAAAAAAACCCACUUGAUACAAGUGUACGUUCAAUGUGACAGGGUUCAGGCACUAGAGCACACAAAAUCAAAAUAAUAUGAAGCCACCACUGCUCAAAGAUACUUAUGUUUCUUUUAAAUUAAAAAAUAAAGAAAUGUGCUAGAUUCACAGCCUUAGAUUUUUCCCCACUGGAAUACAACUGGAAGGAGACUAGAAAUGCUGUUUUUGUAAGUGAAUAAUGUGAAGUCAAACUUCAAAAUAUUCUAUAUUUAGAUAGCAUGAUGAGAAUACAGAUACUCUGAUGCUGAACAGUGAACGAGAAUGAUACUGCGUUUUCACUACAAAAGAAGAUGCUGGUUGCUUAAUUCGAAUCUUAUUCCACUUUGGUUCUUUUGUCCUUAUUUAUAGGAUACAUAUGUUAACUUUGCUAUAUACUAAAAUCUUAUUGCUGACUUGAAUUUCUUUUUUUUUUUUUGCCUGUGCAUGGGUGGUAUUUUUUACACUUUGAAUAAAACUUGUUCCUGUCACUAUUUAACUUAAAAUAAAGUACGUUCUUGUAGCUUAUUGGUUGGCUUGCAGCAGUAAUUAAAACCAAACAAAAACUGAAAUAUUGACACAGCUUUUCAAUUCAUUCUUCUAAAGAAAAAGUUCCUAUUUCAACCAAAGGGAUCAAACUAAUGCACAAAGUCCUCACGUUAAAGUUUUCUUUAAAUAAACACACCCUUUUCACACACCCACAGAUGAAUAUAUUAAUAUAUCUUAAUUUAUACGGCAGGGAAAUCGGACAUUUGAAAGUCAAAAAAUCUCUGUCGUAAGAAACAGGUACACCAGCAUUCAGGAUAACAGGCAUGAUGUUGUCUUUGGCACUGCCUGCUCAGUAUUGUUGAGUAAAAGCAAGUUGGCUUUGGAAACUGAAAACUAGAGAACAUACUAGGCUAGACUAACAGAGGUUCUUGUAUUAGGAUCCAAACUCUAUCCUCAUUCAUCCAGCAAAGCUUGCAUUUGCUUUAACAGAAGAUAUACACAGCUGAAGGAGUGUGAAAUUUGGUCCUGUGGUAUUGAUAGCAACAAAGGUAACAGUCGUAUCAAACUAUCUGAACUGAGUCUGUUAAAUGCAGCAAUGUGUGAUUUUAUUCCAGGACUCCCAGUCUAUCAAUCUAAGAAAAUUGCACGCAGUUUUUUAAUUUGCUAACAAAGUGAACACAGAACCAAAAUUAAAGUGUCAGUCCUCAUGUUGCCUCAACGGAAUGUCGCUUUAAACUUAACAGCUUUAUGAACAUGAAAUAAAAUUAGUUUCAAAAUUCU